CAUCUCUCUUAUCAGUUUCGUUUCGUUUUCUUUCUGUUGUGGCAAAAAUGGAUUAAAUUGGUUGAUUUUAUGUUAUUCAAGCCCAUCUGUAGUGUAGACAAUGCCACCCACGGAGACACUGCGUCUGGGAGAGCGCGGCGGAGCAGCAGCGGGCUCGGUUGGAGGAGCUGGAAUUGCAGGUGGCGGUGGCCCUGAGCAAACAUAUAUCAUCAGGCAGAGCAACAAAUGCUAUGAGCACCGCGACUCCCAGGCCACGGCCAUGUCCGUGGACUACUCGGGGCAGUGGGUGCUGCUCGCGGGUCGUGGCUAUCUGGCCCUGCAGCGCCUGGGCCAGGACGAUGGCUCCCUCAGACGCCACGAGAGGCAGUCGAAGUACGAGGUCUCCGUGGCGGAGUUUGCCAUAUGUCCCAGUCGCAAAGAGUACUGCGCAAUAGCGACCAGUCAAAAUAUCGACAUCGUUCGGUGGGGCACGUCGGAGCCCAUCUAUGAGAACUCGCUGCGGGGACACACUCGCACCGUGACCGACAUCGACUGGCACGGCAAGGAUCCCAAUCUGCUGGUCAGUUGCUCUAUCGACACCUUCUCGCACAUCUGGGACCUGAGGGAGCCCAGGAAGCCGGCCUUGUCCCUGAAUGCAGUUUGCAUGUCUGGGGCCACCCAAGUGGGCUUCAAUCGUGUCUCGGGUAACCUGCUUGCAGCAGCGCACGACGGAGACCUACGGAUCUGGGACAUACGCAAGGGUAGUUGUCCCACACACUAUAUUACUGCGCAUCUGAACCGAGUGCAUGGCAUUAACUGGAGCCACAAGCGGGAGACCUGCCUGGCCACGGCCAGUCAGGAUGGCACGGUCAAGUACUUUGAUGUGUGCAAUCCCCGCAGGGCCGAGAAGAUAAUCACUACCAUGUCGCCGGUGUGGAGAGCCCGAUACACGCCCAUUGGCAAUGGCCUGGUCAGCAUUGUGGUGCCCCACUUGGGUCGCGGCGAGAACAGUCUGCUGCUCUGGAGCAAUAGCAAGCAAACGGAUCCCAUUUGCUCCUUUGUGGGUCACACUGAUGUUAUUCUGGACUUUGCCUGGCGCCCCAAUCGCGAAAGUUCCACGGAGAUUGAACUGGUCACCUGGUCCCGUGAUCGCACCCUGAGAGUCUGGAAGAUAGACGACCAUAUGCUAAAACUAUGUGAGCCCGCGGCGGAGGAAGAGGAGCCCCGUUUUGAGCCAGACCUCAGUGAGCUGAGGGUUCCCACCCCUCCGGAAUUUCUGCAUCCACGCACCUUGAUGGUGGCCGGCUCGCUGCCCAUUUCCACGGGUGACGGAGCAUGUAACACGCUGCCCAUGGCCCGAUCGCCCAGCUUCGGCGGUUACUGUCGCCGGGAGGAGUCGCACAUAGCCCGAUCCUUGACAGAUCAGCCUACGUGUUCGCUGCACCACGAGUUCUCGCUGCUGAACACGAACAUGCCGCAUGUGGAGGUGGACAUGCUGGACGCCAUAAAGCGGUAUGCCUGCUUCAGGAUAUGCGCGGGCGGGCACACGGUGAUUCUGCAGGUAAACUUUGCCACAUCCUACCCGAGUCCCAGUGCACCGCCGGAGUUCCAGCUGUGCCAGGGCACCACUCUGUCCAGCGAGGUGAGCGGCAUUCUGCUCAAGGUGCUCCGCUGCAACGCCCUGCAGCGGGUGAAGAAAUCGCGCACGUGCCUGGAGCAAUGUCUGCGCGCUCUGGUGGCGGCCAUGAAGAAGAAGGUGGCUGCUGUGGGCGGAGGAGGCGGAGCAGAUCGCAGUCAGCUCCUGCUGCAGUCGCCCCGACUUGAGGGCGCCCUGUCCAGUGCCCUGCACGAUGCCUGCAUUCCCUACCCGCGGACCUCGGGGGUCCACUUCAAUGCCAUUGGCAUGUUGACCACAUUCGCCCAGCCGGUUAACAACAAGCGUUUGACCCUGCGACAACACUCGGCUUUGACACCGAGAACCCUGUCGGCCAUCAAUGGGAGUGGACUCCUCGGCAAUGUUAUGGCCACCGCGCAGCGGGAUGCGAAUGCUUCGUUUUACCUGCAGGAGAGAAUGAUCUCGGGGAAGCCUGGCAAGCAGCGAGCCAUCCGUCAGAUGAACGGCAGUCCAGUGGUCCAUGUCUACGAUGCGAGCAGCCUGCUGCACAUCAGUCGCAACAUGGCCAGGGAAUUCUCAUUGGACAAGCUCAACAUAGCGGAGACGUGUCGCAGGAAUGGCGAGAUCUGUCGCCAGCAUGGGCGCUUGGACCUGGUGCCCGUGUGGCUGCUGGCGGAGCUGAUAGCCACACCCCAAGUCCGACACGAGACCCUCAACGAGCUGCUGUUCUACAAGGAUCCCUUCAAGAAAUCCCUGCUGGAGUCCCUGAUUAUGCACUACGCUGGCUCCGGGGACAUUCAGACAGCCGUGCUGCUAGCCUGCUUGUUCGACAAGUGUCCCACGGGUGGGGGAGCCCUAAUGGACAUUGCCAGCCGCCUGCCGCCGCAGCUCAACGCCCAGAUUUCGCCGUAUCACACUGUCCUACCGCUGGACGUGAAGUCAUCUUCAUCCUCGCCCAACACCUGGCAACAACUGAAGCAGCUACGUAGCAAUUCCUGGUCAGACUCCCUGGAUCUGGAGGUGAAGCAUCUGCAGUCCGAUGGCUAUGCUCCGUGCUCCCUGAUCAGGCGCGCCAAGGUGCCGCUUUUCGAUCAAUUCAAGCGCGCAUACGCCGAGAUUCUCUUCGGUUGGCAGUUGCUAUCGAAACGUGCCCUCAUCCUCAAGCACACACAGAACACGCCGCCACCGGUCCAGGGUGUGGAAUUUGUCACCGAGUGCGGGACGUGCGCCAAGCCAAAGCGGACGCCAAAGUGCGAGCCCUGCAAGCGCCCGGUCCUCUUCUGUGUGCUCUGCCGACUGCCAGUGCGAGGGGUGGCUAACGCCUGUCUGGCGUGUGGCCAUGGUGGGCAUAUGGAUCACAUGAUGCAGUGGUUCGAGAAACACACCGUGUGUGCCACCUGUGGAUGCAAGUGCCUGGAGCGCACGUCGGAGCUGCUGGCCUUGCUGAACUGACCAGCUUUCUCGUUGCUGUUGGGCCCAUGCUGCCUUCUUUUAUCUCGGUGGAUAUCCAACUACAUGAAUAGGUGUUGCUUAGUCUCUAAGGAUACGAUUUUUGUACGACUUGCUUAAGGUUCGGAAAUAUAUUGACAUUUUCUUCCAGCCUUAA